AUGUCGCGUCCGCAUCACAGCAGUCGCUCCGGCACGCGAUGGGCAGUGCGCAUCAUUCCCUUGUUCAUCGUCGGCAUUCUAGCCGUUGCGACUUACGCCGUCGUCGGUCGCCUCUGCAUCAGCUUCCUCUACAAAAGAAAACACCAGGAUGGCGUUGUCACGGCGUUCCUCGUCCUCUAUUUCCUCUUCUUCAUGUUAAUGGCCGCCGCCUAUCUACGAACCUUCUUUACAGUCCAACUAAAUCCAGGCGUCGUCCCUCUGGCUCCCGAGGACCAGAGCGAGCGCGAGGCGGCCGAAAAAGUACGAAAGCGACAUAAACGCAACCGAGACGUCGAGGAGAGGGCAUAUGUACCUCCGGACCCAAACCCGGACAGUCCCGGCCUCGAGGCCUUCUACAGCAAGGAUGUCUUUGUAUGCGAGGUCGAUGGCCGUCCUAAGUGGUGCUCAGAGUGCCAGCAGUGGAAGCCAGACCGUUCACAUCACUCGAGCGACCUAGGCCGCUGCGUCAGGAAGAUGGACCAUUUCUGCCCCUGGGUUGGUGGCAUGGUCUCUGAGACUUCCUUCAACUUCUUUACGCAAUUUUGCUUCUACUGCGGCCUAUUUUGCGCCGUAGGCCUCGCCGUCAGUGCAUAUUCCUUCCAACAACACCACAAAGACGGAGACCCCCUUGAUGGAUGGGCCCUCGCAGCAAUCGUUUUAUCCUGCGUCUUCGGCACUUUUACCUUUGGCAUGGCGCUCACUUCGUUUCGCUACAUUCUCGCAAACACUACCAAUGUCGAUAUGCUUAAGAGAUCACAUACAAUCACCCUGGCUGUCCGCAUCCCCCAGUCCACCCCGCCCUCGGACAAAUAUCCCAUCAUUGUAUACCCUCUUCGUGGACCACCGCGGCGGCCGGGAUCUGAAGUCCAGCAGCCGCAUAAUAGUCAUGGACCCAUCUCUGCUAGAGAUCAGCUGGCGGAGCGCAAGUUUGCCAUUCUCCGCACGAAGGCACGGGAAAACCCCUGGGAUCUGGGAGCCGUGGAAAAUUGGAAGUCCGUCAUGGGAGACAACUUCAUCGAGUGGAUGCUUCCUAUCCGACAUUCGCCAUGCUGUAAUCAUGAGAGCAUGGAGAGUGACUACAGAUUUGGUCCUCUCAUCUCAAAACUAAGAAAGCGCUACGGAAUUCCCGAGCUCGAAGCCUCUUCACGCGGCGGGCAUGGCAUCGAAUUACAGGAGAGAGGCGGUCGGCGGGCCAGCGAUUGA